GUCUUUUGAAGUUAAUAUGGGCCUAUGCCGACAUAUAUUCCAAUUUAGACGUAAUAAUAAUAUUACGAUGAUGCUUCAUAGUUUGUGGUCAGUGGUCAUGGUUUUUUCAGAUCGUGUACUUUGCGCGCAUAUCUCCUAUCCAUAUAAUCCCUUCUAUGUAUUUCUUGUUUCUUCAACCUUCUCGUUAGUUUUGUCAAUUCCCUUCUCGCCAGCCAUUUCCCCCCAAAUUCCAUUCUCCUCUCAUCGGUCCCAGUUUUGGUAAGACUUUGUAGGAGAAACAUCAUUGUUUGUUUGUCCAAAGUCUCAUCAACCUGGCGUACUGUGUCUUGAGGAGGAGAAAUUUAGGUGGAGAACCUGGAGAGAAGCAACAUAGUAUAACACUCUGGCCAAUAAUAUUCCAGUGAAGUCAUUUUCCCAUUUGGUAUGGGCUACAACAGUGGCGAGAAGAAGAACAAGCCUUGGAAUAUCAUUAUACUGUUACCUUUCUCCAUCUUCAUUUUUGUUGAAUUGGACAUUGCUUUGGCGUCUGCCAAUUGAUUACGGCUAAUAUUCAUCCAAUGUAAAAGUUACUUUUGAUCAAACAUCCAUUCUUUUGUGGUCCACUUGAAGCUCAGCUUUCCAGAUGUAAAUUUAACGCUUGUGAUAGCAUAAAUAGAGGAAAAGGAACUCUAAAAGAAAUGGCAAAUUGCAGCUGCUUUUGUGCCAUUAUAAGAAGAAAUAAAAAGUAUAAGGGAAAAGAGAGAUUUCGAAAAACUGCUAAGGUUCAUCCACCAGUUGAAGGUCCUAUAGAGUCUACUACCAAAACUGAUGAGUUAAAAUCAACUUCUUUUUUUGUUCCCUUACCUGUUGAGAUUUCUGGGAGUUCAACCAACAAUGUCGAGGAAAUGAGUCAGGAAAGUUACUUUAGAGAAGCUAAGGAGGUUGAAUACGAAGGGGAAGGUGAACACGAUGAGAGUCUAUCGAUACACAAGGAUAGCCUUGAUUUUCAUAUUCAAAACAUUACUGAGGAAUAUGGUCAAUCAAUUCACAAAAGGAUGAAUCUCUGUUAUCCAUUCAACGAUUAUUUGAAUGAUCAGGACCAAGAGAAAUCUGAUGAAGAGGUCAUGGAGAUAAAAAAGAAUGGAAACAUUAGUGAUCCGGGGAUUGGUAAACAAGAAUCUUUGACUUGUAGGGUACUGGAGCGCUCCUGCUCAGGUUUUACAAUAAGGGGUACGUUAAAGAAAAUUAUAUUUGAGCCACCACCUCCAAAGUCUCAGUCAUUUGAUGAAACAAAGAGAUUAUCUACGAAAUUAUUCCCAAGAAGUCCAAUCUCCGUAUCUUCACAUUACAGUGCUGACAAAGUUAAGUUGAAAAAACAUUCUUCAAGCAAAAUCCUACCAUCCAGGAGCCGAAAGUUGUGGUGGAAACUUUUCCUAUGGAGCCAUAGGAACGUAAAAGGAACAAGCAAUACCCAACGACAAACAAUCCCAGUUAAAAUAAUUGUAAGGAAGCAAGGUGGGUACUCUCCCGAUACUCUAGAACCAGGGCAAGGCAUGGAAUUGAGCAAGCUAGGAUCACCUGGUUCAUUCACUGGGAAAUCUUUGAAAACGGGGAUCAACAACAAUCAAAAUUAUGUCUUGCAUGACAACCAUGUAAUAACUAGUCUGUGGUCACAAAAUCAGUGGGUUGCAUGCCCUGCAGAAUCUUCUACAUUCUCAAGAGUUGAUGAAUGGGUAAAAGAACUCUCUAUUCAUCCACAACGCUUAAUUGAAGAUGACACCAACUUCCCACCUUCUCUUCAAGUUGAUAUAUCACUUGCAAGAAGCUCAUCGCUCAUAAAUAGGCGACCGAAUUCAAAUGUGCCAGAAGAUGUUAUACAUGCGAACAACGUGAUCCAGUCUCUCAAUUCAGCGUCAACAGUUGCUCACCUUGCAAGCAUUGGAUUGAAAGUUAACCCUGUAAUGUCACACUUCUCCGGUCUUCGAUCAAUAAAUAUAUCAGGCAACUCCAUAGCUCAAAUAACUCAAGGAUCACUGCCAAAGAGUCUUCAUGUUCUCAAUUUAUCAAGGAACCAAAUUCACACAAUUGAAGGACUCAAGGAAUUGACUCAUUUGCGGGUUCUUGACCUCAGUUACAACAGAAUUUCUCGUAUAGGAAGAGGUUUAUCAAAUUGUACACUCAUAAAGGAGCUCUACCUCAGUGCUAACAAAAUAAGUUAUGUAGAGGGGUUGCAUAGGCUUUUGAAGCUGUCAGUUCUAGACUUGAGCUUCAAUAAAAUAACUACAACUAAUGCUCUUCAGCAGCUUGUGGCGAACUAUAGCUCUAUCAUUGCUCUAAAUCUAUUGGGUAAUCCAAUCCAGCGCAUUAGUGAUGACAAAUUGCGAAAGACAGUGUGCAGUCUUCUUCAUAAGCUAGUUUUCCUGAACAAACAACAUAUUAAUCAACAAAAGGCACGAGAACAAGCUUUGGCUGAAGCAGCGCUAGGUAAUAGAAGUUGGGCCACUCGUAGAAGAACAACCAAGAAAGUUAAUCAUGGAAACUUUGCUUCUUCAAGUUGCAGGCAUAGAUUGAGAAGCCGAACUCAAAGUCAAUCUUCCAAUGGUAUUUUGUCUUCGUUGGCAUCAUCAACUCACUAAACAAAUAUUUUCAUACCCUCUGAAAGUGCUCUUCAUGUCUUCAAUUUAGAAUUUUUAUUAUUGAUUUUACUUAGUUCUGUCUUAGUCUUGUUUUGUUCUUUAGAAAGGGGAAGCUGUCUAAACAUUCAUGUUAAAUGUAUUAUGGAUGUUUGGUUGAAAAUAGGUACUCGUGAUUUCAGGUUCAAUUUUC